UACGGAAUACUACCCAGAAAUACCCGAAGGCAGAGAUACCCGAAGGCAGAGAUACCCGAAGGCAGAAAUACCCGAAGGCAGAGAUACCCGAAGGCAGAAAUACCCGAAGGCAGAGAUACCCGAAGGCAGAGAUACCCGAAGGCAGAGAUACCCGAAGGCAGAGUUACCCGAAGGCAGAGUUACCCGAAGGCAGAGUUACCCGAAGGCAGAGAUACCCGAAGGCAGAGAUACCCGAAGGCAGAGUUACCCGAAGGCAGAAAUACCCGAAGGCAGAGUUACCCGAAGGCCAAUCAGAUUGCUCCUAGCUGGUUUAUUGGAUGGAAAAUUAAGCAGCUAAAAAGUAAAGGCUACUGGGUGGUUAUUGUUUCAAUACUUUCAGUCUAAAUUUGAGGUUUAUAUAAGAAUAAUAAUAUGGAGAGCGUUGCAUGAAUUUAAAAUAGCUCAAGGGGUAUAAAAAAUUGACAGAUAAUAUUUUGGGUAAGAGUCGUAACAAGACGUUACAUGGUAUUCGGGUAGGACAGUUAUGCAAAACAUUUUUUGACGUACUGUUGUUAUUUAUCAGACUUCAUACAUAACAACCGUACUCAGAAUGGAGAUACAUAAUUACAGAAUUAUAGAGCAUUACCCAUUCUUACUGUAGAUCAUCCACAAUAGCAUUUCUUUCAAUGAUAGUAUUCAUCUCAACUCUAUUUUAAACCGUUAUGAACUCGAUGAC